AUGCCACCAAAACGAGGGCGUCCUGCGCUUGAGUCCUCACCAUCAACAGCUUCAACUUCGGCUCUGACAAUCGAAGACUCUUCAGCGUACGCUUCGUCUCAACUCUCUGCGUCAUCAUCUGAAAACAACCGGUCUACGUCCACAAUCAAGCGGUUCCUCUGGAACACACUCUCGUCCUUAAGCCCGCGCAAGCGUCAGAAGAUCGACACAGCCAAAGAAAGCAGAGGCACGCUGCUGCUCACCGGUAGCGACACAUCAAAUACAGUAACACCAGCUUCCACAUCACAGCCAUCUACAUCCACUGUGCUGAUACACGGAGACGAAGAUAUGCCGCUAACAAAUGGAUUCGUCGACUUGGCGCCCACCAAGAACGGUGAAUCAUCGAAAACCGCGCUUUCAUUGCUGCCAGACUCAAAGCUAUUCGUCUAUCAAGAAGGCGCAAUACGCGAUCCUCUCGCCCGCAACCAUCACACCACUUCCUCAUCCACGAGCUCUGCUCCGAUGGCAGAUACCCGCAGCUCAUCCGAAGAGGCUGCCGAGAUGCAGAUUCAGCACACUUCGCCGCCUUCCAGCCCUGAGUCGCCCUCUACGGAGAAGGACAUAGACGAGGCGCCAGAGGCAGCCAAAGAUGCAAAUGCCGAGAUGGAUGCAGUCGAAGGUCCGACAGAAGAAGCUUUACAGCCUGAGGCUAUUCCCACAGCAAGCGCCGGAACAGAGAACAUCGAGUCGACAUCAGGCGUAGCUGCUACAGAGCCAGAGCUGCAGCACGAGACCGAGACGGAGUAUAAAUCAGAGGCGGAGCAAGAGGCAGAACAUCACGUUGAUGAGCACGAGGACACCGCGGCAGGCAGCCAGGCCGAUGCAGCAGAGACAAGUGCGGAGGCCGCAAAGGAGCUGGAGGGAGCAGCUGAGGAGGCUGUUGUAGCGGAAGAUAUGUCGAUUUACACCUCGCAGUCUAAGGGGCCAGAGACUGCAUCCGAUAUGCCCAUCUUGAAUUCGCAACACGAAGAGUCUGCGGCAGUGGAGGACGAUAUGUCGAUUUCAACUUCGCAGUCUCAGAAGGACAACGAAGAUGCCUCCAGCAGCAACGACAUGGGCCCCCUUCCUACCAACGAAGACGUCGAACACAUCCAACUGAUUGCUAACGCUAAAGUGGGGGAGCAUGUCGAGGGUCUUCUCGACUGGGCAGGCUCGCUUAGCAAGGAGGAGCAGUACUCUCCUUCCGCACCGGCGUCCGAGGCGAGCGAUGACACAAACACCGAGCCGAUCCCUGCAGCCGCAUUGCCUUCAGAGACAGCCGCAGAAGUGGUAGAUCUUGUCUCUGACUCAGAGGACGAGAGCGAUUCGGAUCAAGACGACCCUGAUAAGGAGAACGAUGGGUCGCUCGUCAACGCCACACCUCGUCUCGACUCUGACGCCACUUUGGCCUCCACCGUCUCUGGCAAUUCGACGGAUCAUCGCCCGAGGGGUUCUCUAGUAGGUCCUCUGGCGCAAAAGCAGAUUCUGGGAGUCAAUCAGACUCGGAAUUUGCCACAAGCAAACAGCUUGGACUCUGGCGAUAUCUCUGCCACAGAACAGAUCAGAGCUAUCGGUCGACAGACACGAUUCUUUCAGCCAAACCGAGGACGAAACAAUGUCCCGCAGACCUCGACACCCAGGCAGAGCCUUCCACCGGCACCUUCGCAGAACCGCUCGUUCCCCUUCAGCAGUGACAUCUCUAUCAACUCCACCAACGACACAAGCUUGGCCCGCAGAAGCAGCGACUAUCGUAAACGCAACCCAAUCUACCUCUCGCGCCACGCGAAAGAGGUCGAAGGCUACAACAAGCUUUCCAUCAUGCGCAGCGUCGAGAAAGCCAUUCACAGGGUCAAUAAAAUUCGCAGAAUGCAUCGCCGGCCUCAGCUCUCCCACGAGAAUUUAAGUCAGCUCAGCGAGAAAGUAAUCAAGGUCCACAAGCUGGUAUUGGCUGACAAUCCGAGCAUGGAGCCGAUCGAUGACUUUGUGGAGAAGAUCACAAGGAGGUUGGCGAUAAAGAAGCGAGAUGCGGAGACUGGGGUUAUGCCGCUGCCGAAAGCCAAGUUGGUGGAGAGGGAGAGACUGGAGAGGGAAAGAAGGGCGAAGGAGAGGAGAUUGAGGGGCGUCUUGGGUAGGCCGGCCUUGCCGCCGACAUUGGUGAAUGAGCAGGAGCAGGAAGUGAAGGCGGUACUGCAGAAGCGAGGCAAAAUCGCCGAGAUUCCAGGUGCAGAGGUGAAUGACCAUGACGUGCAGAAGUUGAAGCCGAAACAGUGGCUUAACGAUGAGGUCAUCAACUUCUAUGGCAAUCUCAUUCUACUCAGAUCGAAUGAGGCAGAGAAGAAACGCACCGAAGCGAUGGCUGCCGCAAAGAACACUCCUCCUUCCCCCACUCCUCCAGCCGGCACAGCCGGCAGCAAGAAGAAGGGAAAGAAGACCAAAGUAACUCGACCAUACAACAAAUCGCUUGAUGCAUACUGGCGAGUUCACUUCUUUUCCUCCUUCUUCUGGGCAAACCUCAAGCAGCGCGGUUUCGACGGCGUCAAGCGAUGGACUCGUCGAAUCGACAUCUUCUCUAAAGAUCUCAUCCUCUUCCCGAUCAACCUGGGCAACUCACACUGGGUCUGUGGAGCGAUCAGCAUGCGCAAGCACCGAUUCGAGUACUACGACUCGAUGGGAGCUCCCAACCCCAGCGCAUUCAAACUCAUGCGGGACUACGUCACUGCCGAGGCCAAGGAUAAGAAGAAGACAGAGAUCGAUCUGAGAGGAUGGAGGGACAUGUUCAGCGACGAAAGUCCUCAGCAGGAGAAUGGUUUUGAUUGUGGUGUUUUCGCCGCGCAGACUUUGGAGCAGAUCAGUAGGCGCGAUCCGCACACUCCGAUACCGUUGGAGGCGCCGGUGAUUCAGUGGAAGGGAGAGAGUCUGGAUGAGGGUGCGGAAAGGUUGAGGAUCGACAGUGUGGCUGUAGGAGAGGACGAUGAUGAUGAUGAUGAGUUGGAGUAUGAGUGGAACUUUGGGCAGGAGAAUAUGCCGUACCUGCGUAGAAGGAUGGCUUAUGAGAUACACUCGAAGAAGCUGCUCGACUGA